AAUAAUGAAUAAAACCGAGGUCCUUCUAGCAUUUUACAAACUUUUGCCUAAUGGCAAGAAAGGGAUUCCGUCACUUUUAGUGAAAAAUAUAACGCACCGUAACGCUUCAUACGAGUAUGCACGAAAUAUUCCGGACAAUAAAUGAACAGUUCCAGUUACUGCACUGUUUUUGCAAAAAAAAAAAUAAUUUCGGAUUUAAAUGACGAUCGAAAUUAUGUAACCCUUACAGAACCCAAAUGAUUGAACAUUAUUAAAACCGACCCAAGCAAUUCAUAUUCUGCUAUUAUCAACGCAUCCCCUGGCAUUUGCCCAUCUCCGUUGUCUUUAUAGCCAAAGCGGUAAACGCACGGGUAUUCAGAAAGACUUUGCCAAGGAUGACGGCUUCGAUUCCCGGUUGAUCCAGGAACUUUUCGCAAAGGAACUUUCCUGGACUUCCUUCCUUCUAGUAUCUUCUUGCCUGCCACACUCAGCCAAAUAACCUUAAGAUUUCCAUAGGGCCCAACUUACAACGGCAAUUCAUAAUGAUUGGAAUGAAUUUCAUAAGGUCGCUCCAUGACGUAAAAUCGUCUCUCAGCUUGGCCUUUAUAUAUGUUUAGCAAUAUAGUAUUCUCCAAGCGUCGGCAUCCGUGUGGAUUAAAAACGAAACCGUAUUUGUCCACGUUACGCCAAGAAGAACAAGAAGGAAUCAACAGCUCCUUAGGAAUUCGUUUUGGAGAAGGCAUUUUGAAAUGAUGAUUUGGUUUUACGGUUGUUUUAGUAGCAUGUCUAGAUUAUAUCGUGCACACUCUUUAACUACAUAAUAAACAAACAUUUUGUUUGGAUAUUGUUGAUCUAUGUAUUUGUACAUAGUGCAAUUUGUUUAUUCCCAUAGAAAAAAAAAAUCAAAAACCAUGGAUGUAAAAAUUAAUAUUCCAAAUUUCCCAAACAUCUGUCGAAUAUGCUUUGCUAAAAUAAGUGAAUCGGAACCGGUUUCUUCUAUAACGGAUCAACUGCAGAAUGGCGCUAGUUAUUGGGCAAUGCUUUCCGACCUGUUCUCUCUGGAUCUUGAACAGGAACCAGCCGAGAACAACGACUCAGAAAAUCUUCCUAGAUACAUUUGCAACAAUUGUGCAAAGUAUAUCGACUUCAUACAGGCAUUUCGAUUGGAAACAAUCGCGAAUCAAAAAUUCCUGCACGCAUGGGUUGCUUUCAAAUACCGCGCCGAUGUCGGUCCGUUGACGGAUCUGUUCCACAUUCAAACCGGAUAUCAUGGAAUUAUUCGGAAAACUCUUCAGAAACUUGAGGUGAUUGGGGACGGUGAUGUGUGUCUCGCCGAUUUGAUCAAAGAUUCAGAAAAGAUUAGCCAGGAUGUUGACGUAAAGCUGGAACUUCAGGCUGAGCCGGUAGAAAUCGACGAUCCGUUACUAAAUGCAUUCUUUACUGAACAAGGUAAUGAGGUUAAACAAUGCGAUGAUUAUGAACACCAAAUUUGUGACGAAGCAGUAGGCUGUGCGGAAGACAUUCUGCUGGACAGCCACCAGAGCCAUGAUAACGCGGUAGGCACUGAAUCUCGGAAGACAAAGAAACCAAAGGGUGUUCGAUAUCAGGACAUCGAUGGCGUUCAAGUGCGACUCUGUCCUUUUGAAAACUGCGGGGUGGUGCCAAGAGGCCAAGGAGAGAAACACAAUCGCGAAAGACACCGUGCCUACUGUAAAAUCUGUGGCAUGGUGUUCUUGGACCACGCGCAGGCAAUGCAUCAUGUGGCUAUUCACCAGAGUGAAGAAGACCGCUUGCGGUGUGAGGUUUGUGAUAAACCGUUUUGGCGCGACCUGGACCUUAAGCUGCACCGGAGGGACUUUCAUGGGAUCGACGUCGACAGAUACGAGUGUUCCUAUUGUGAACAGCGGUUCAAAAGACAAACCGAUAUGCAGCAACAUCGUGAGAUCCACACCGUUUGUAAAUUUUGCCCGAAGAACUCGAAAUCAUACAAGACCAUGUUGGUACACACGAGGGAACAACACCGAGACAAGCUAAACUCAUGCCAGUUCUGCCCAGCUACGUUCCUUGGAACCAAAGAGCUAGAGAUGCACGAAAAGAUACACAUAGACGGCAGGCACUGCGUUCAGUUUUCGUUGAACAACUGGGUCCCGGCACAUUGCCAGACUUGCGUGAGAGAUCUGUUCAAUGUGGAAUAUUUGCAGAGUCACAUCGAACAAGUUCACACGCAAGGAUUAGCGGAGAAGGCGCUGAGAAACAGGAACUUUGCAAAGCGCACCAAAGAAGAGUUGGCUAUGCUGGAGUACAAGUUCAAGUGUAGCGAUUGCUCUGCCCGGUUCCGUUUGAAGGCUUCGUUAAGAGGCCACUGGAGGAAGAAUCACGGCGGCGAAAAGUUCAUCUGCGAGCACUGUGGAGCAUGUUUCAAGUCGAAAGGCGAAAUGCAGUUGCACGGGCGAUAUUUACACACUAAGAUCACACCGUUUGAAUGUGACUUUUGUGAUAAGCGUUGUCACACGAAGAACGAUCUGAAAAUUCAUCGGCGAAGUCACACCAACGAAAAGCCCUACAAAUGUUGGUACGAUGGUUGCGACAAGGCGUACAAAACCAGAUCGGCCGUAACAAAGCACUACCGAGUGCACUCAGACGAAAAACGGUACAAAUGCUUGUACGAAGGCUGCGAUAAGGCGUACAAAUGUAGCCAGUUGUUGAAGGUUCACCAUCGGAAGCACACGUUGGAAAAACCGUUCAAAUGUUGGUACUGUGAGCUGUACUUUGAUUCCAAUAACAACCGAAGCAAGCACUCCCAGCGACAUCACGUUGGAUUGCCCAUCGGACGAGAACUGGAAAGACUGAAUCAGCAGAAAAUGAAGGAAGUUGGUUCAAGCGAAUCGCCGAAGAGUUCUACGGGUGCUGGAAAUACUGAGGAGCACGUUGCCGUAAGGAAGGCAGAGACUGAGGAUCCGUGACGGGAAAAUCCACAUGGUACUGGUACACAUUUAUUAAGUUACAUAUUUGCAAUAAAACUGUUAGUUAUUGAA